AGGCCGUUUGGCUCAAGGUGCCGAAAGCUGUUUGAUCUUGCCCGAGCGAUCGGAAAGGCAAGAUGCUGCCAAGGUUGCGGCUCACGCUGUUGCCUUCCCUGGCGCUGGCCCAGACCUACGCUGGCUGCAGCAGCAGCGAGUCACAGGGCAUUGCGCAGUGCGAGUCGCCCGGAGAAAGCUUCUUCUUCGACCAGAACAAGGCGGCCAGGUGUCCAGAUCCUGGCACGUGGGAUCAUACGGGAUGGUCCUGUGAUGACUGGAAAUGCCACAUGUACUGCACCAACCCUGCGCGGAGUUCCGAGCGAAAGUCUUGCGACAACUGCGACGAGGUUGCUGUGACCGCCGCCUGUCUCACCGCGCAGACAAGCGCCUGCAACACAGCGAAGUCGAGCCUCUCCGGCUGCGACGUGGACUGUGGCGGGGCCAGCAGCAUCGGCUGGAGGUUCGCUGCCCUGCUGCCCCUGGCCCUGGCAGUCCGGUAGUCCGAGAACUCCGCAUCGGUCCCUCGCUUCCGCCGGGGUGCCACCGGAGCAACGCCGUGUCGGCAAGCCGAAGGGCCGAAGGAAGUCGUGUAGCCCCCGCAAGCAAGAUGAAACAAAG